ACUGACACACGAAAGAGAGAGAGAAAAAGCAUCUUCGAAGUCGUCAUUGGCAACAGCUAAGCCAAAUAUAUAUCACUUUCUUUUUUCUCUUUCUGAGAAGACGAAGAAAAACUUCGAAUCAGCUCUGCGUUGAUUCUCUGGAUUUUAAAUUUUCAGGUAAGGUCAACAAUAUAAUCUUCCUUGAGAAGUUUGGUGCUUGCAUUGUUCAAUUGAGCAUUCAUCUUCUCCCUCUCCCCACUCUUUUCUCAUGCAGAGAAAGAGAUUGGGGGGCAACUAGGAGGGCUUUUGUCGAUUCUUCAAAGCCACGAUUCGCUGGACGGGGUUUUCACUGUUGCAGAAACAGGCAUAUUGGAGGAUGGAUUUCUAGUGUUGCCCAUUAUCCACGAUGGAAAACAAUUUGACGAUAAAGACAUACAUGGCCAUCAUGGCCGAGAGGGAUGCUGCCAUCCGCGAAAGGAAUAUGGCACUAGAUGAGAGGAGGAGAGCCUUUGCCGAGCGAGACAUGGCAAUGUUGCAGCGAGACGCAGCAAUUGCAGAGCGGAACAGUGCAAUCGAUGAUCGAGACAAGGCCCUUUCCGCCCUUCAAUUCCGUGAGAGUUCCAUGAACGAGAAUAACAUAUCUCCCGAUUCACCCGAAAAUGAAAUCGGACAUGGGGCAAAGAACAUUUACCACCACCAGCAAAUGCAUUCCAUACAUCAGUUGGAUGAAACAGGAUAUGAUCCAAGGGAAAUUCCAACAAGCAAUCCCUACCAGAGUACAGGAGUUUCUUGCGAGGCUGCCAAGCCAAGAAAGGUAAAGCAAACAAAGGAGACCAAAGCAACUUCAACAAAAAAGUCCAAAUCUCCGAGAAAGGGUAAAAGGGGGCUAGAAGAUUUUAGCCAAGUAACUGGGGACACAUCCAACGGUUGGAAAAACGAGCCGGAAUUGGGUGGCAACAGUGAUGACCUAGACGGUGAUCUCAUGGUGUGGAAGGAUAAUUUAGGGUUGAACCAGGUCAACUUUGACGAGUCAACAAUGCCGAUCCCAGUUUGCUCGUGCACCGGGGUGCCUCAGCCUUGCUAUAAGUGGGGGAACGGUGGGUGGCAAUCGGCGUGCUGCACCACCACCAUGUCAAUGUAUCCUCUACCUCAGAUGUCCAACAAACGCCAUGCUCGAGUUGGGGGAAGAAAGAUGAGUGGGAAUGUGUUUGCUAAAUUGCUUAACCGACUUGCUGAUGAGGGUUAUGACCUUUCCACUCCGCUUGAUCUCAAGGAUCAUUGGGCCAAGCAUGGCACCAAUCGUUAUAGCACCUUGAAAUAGCUCGCAUCUUAGUUGUGUGUUGUGGUAUCUGUAUUCUCUCUUAAACAAAACUUUUAUAGGCUUAUAGAGCUGCACAUCGCACAAAUUGCGGGCACUGUAGGCUGAUUCGAUAGUAUUUUUGUUUUGGUUUAAAAAAAUGUCUUUUUUUGCUUUCAGAAUUAUAUUGCAAACUCUCUGUUUAAUGUUAUGUUGUUGGUUACAGAAAAAUGGAGGCCAGAUUGAUAGGAAAACAAAAUGCUUGUUGUA